CAAAGACACAAAACGCCGCGGGAGGAUUGGCUGCCGGACCCAUUUUUUUUGCCAUUGGUUGCCCCCCCUCUCCUCUACUUUCAAUUUUACAGUCGGGGCUCCGCUGAGGAGAGCUUACGGUUGGUGCAAGCGGAAGAAGAGCCAACCAAUUACACAAGAGCUUCCACCGACAGCACGGCGGCCGCGACACACCUUCUUUCCUCUCCGGCUUCCCCGCCCCUUCUCGCCCGCCUUCCUCGCAUUCAUACCAGAAGCGCCUCAACUCUGAUUGGUCGGAGCGUGGUGCGCUCCCAGCCAAUCACAAGCCAGGCUGUGACCCUCCGCUAGCCGGAGGGCGAAUCCCGAAAAGACCGCGUCUGCGAUUGGUCCCUCCGUGACAAGGCUUUAAUUUUGAAUUUUUCCUAUGGCGUGCGACAGGCCAGUGCCCGGACUUCAUCUCAGCUCCAGGCUCUUAGACUAGUAAGUGCAGGGGCGACUGUCGGCUACCUGGGCUCGCGCCGUCCGUUAGCUGGGCCUGUUGCUGCUUGCGUUCUUAUGGCUUAAGGAGGUCACUCUCCAUUAUGUGGGUGAUGACACACAUAGGACCAGACUGCCUGAUGCUCCAGAAUUCAGUGUCUCUAAGGUUCAGCUUCCCCAGAGCACAAAUCUGACUGUCUCUACUGGAGAGGACAUGAAGAAAUCAUGCCCAGGGUCAAACAACGAAGAAAGGUUAAAACUAGAGACAAGAGAUCACUCAAAAAAAAAGAAGACUCUCUCUUCCAAUCCAAACUACCUCCUUCUUCACUACCCUCACCAGAAAGAACGGUUAUUUCUUCAGCAGAAAUCUCCCAUAGCAGAAACUCGCUAAGAUCAUCCUGGAACUUCAGAUUUCCCAAAGAUGCAAUAAAACUCUGGACAAAUAGAGUGUGGUCUAUAUACAGCUGGUGCCACAACUGUGUAGUCCCGAGUUUAGAAGUAUUGAAAGACAUCAUCUUUCCAUCCCGUAUCUGCCACCGAGAACUUUACAGUCUGAAACAGCAGUUUUGUGUUUUGGAAAGUGAAUUAUGCAAGCUCCAGGAAGCACUGAAGACUGUCUCAGGAAAUUCUUCCUGUUCAAACUGUGGUCACAUGUGUCUCAGGAGUGGUAAACUUAUACAACUGCCAGCCCCUGCGCCAACCAACCCCGGAGAAUGCCAAGCUAUACUUCCUACCACACUGCCGCAGCCAGCCGGCCACCUUCCGCCCCCGCCCCCGCCCCCGCCCCCGCCUCCGCCUCCUCCUCCACCUCCCCUCCCACCUCCUCCGAUGCCCCUGGCACCUUUGCUGUUCAGAAAAUCUGAUCGCACUAAAGCACUUCAGUCAGGACCAUUAAAAAAAGAUAGACCCAUGCAGAUCACAGUUAAAGAUCUACUGAAUGUGAAAUUAAAGAAGACACCAAGUUUUGAUGAAAGAAGGAAGCUUGAGCCAUCACCAAAGUCACGGAACCCACUAGUCACUGUCUCUGACCUGCAGCGUGUUACCCUGAAACCUAACUCCAAAGUCUUGUCAUCUCGAGUCACAAAUGUCCUGAUAAGUCCUGGUAAGAGCCAGCUUGAUCUACGGAAACUGCUUAGAAAAGUCAAUGUAGAGAGGAGUCCAGGUGGAACUCCUCUUACCAAUAAAGAAAAUAUGGACACAGGAACUGGACUGACUCCAGUAAUGACCCGGGCCUUGAGGAGAAAGUUUCAGCUGGCUCACCCUAGAAGCCCAACACAAACUCUGCAGCUUUCUCCAAGCAGCUUUGAUGAACAAACUGAUGCCAACUCUGCCUGACUCCAUGUGAUAUAAUCCAUAAGCUGUAUGGAGAAAAUCACCUGAAUCCAUUUUCUAUGUAGGAGGGUGUACUAAAUAUAUCAUUCCAUUGGAAGAAUUCGAGUAUGUAUGGAACACACACACACUCUGGUGUAAAGUGUGUAUUUGGUUGGAUAUUCUCUAGUUAUGCAUUGUCAGUAAGAGAACCAGAUGAGAAAACACUGUCUUUUAUCUUGGAAUUACCCAAUUUAAGUUAGAGAGGUUGUUCAAAUUAGCUAGAUAACUCUAGUUUGUACUGUACAGGUGCAGUCACGACAUUAAGAAAAUAGCCUGUCUCCUAUUCAUCCUGGAUAUUCUAGGGUAAUUGAAAAAAUAAGUAUUUUAGCCUAUAAGGCUUAUGCAUUCAUUUCUACACAUUUGAAAAGGUCCUCUAUGCUUUAUUUAUAUAGUUGUUCUGUAAACAAUUAAGAGGUAAGACCAUAUACAAUCCAAAAGGAUUUGACACAAAAGGCCCAAUGUCACCUUCAAAAUUAGAAUGCACUGGAAGUGGAUGGCCAGGGCCUGAUUGCCUGCUGCUUGCUAAGGGCGUAGACUGUGUGAUCGAGAUAAGCUGGGCUUUAUGCCUUUAGCUAAAGAUUUGCUACAUCCAUCCUUGAAGGAGGAAAGAAAAAAAAAAAACAUAAAAGAAAUAACUCGUUCAAAGUCCAAAUCCUUAUUUUAUGGGUGUAAAGUGCUCAGGUUGCCAAAAGAUUACUACGAUUUUCAGCCCUGCUCACACAGAGGUUCUUUGUGUAGGUUGUGCAGCAGUGUUGUGGCAGCCUACAAGGAGGAAAGGCCAGGCUCACAGAAGGGCGUUGCUCCGGAAGAAGGCAACAUUAAUCACAAUACAACUUCCCUAAUCUGUGUUUCCUCCUAGAAAACUUUAGCCUAAGUUCAAUAAUUCUAGCAUAUCUAUCAAGAUAAAGUAAUGGUGUUUGAUUUUGUAGGGUGUACAAUAAUGAUCUCCUAUUUUGGUGUCAGCUUUCAAUAAAAUUUUGAUUAUGGACAAAAAAUUAAAGAUCAUUUCUAGCACCUUAGGUAGGUAGUUUUACCCAGCUACUGAAGUCUAAGAUGUUCCUCACUUUUGUACCUGCUGUCCACAUUCAGCUAAAUAAAAACAUCCAGAAGCCGUCAACAUGAGCCUUCUGUUUUCCACAAUGCAUUGCCAAGGAUUGUCUGAAGUCCGUAGCAGAUUCACUGUGGUUCCCUGUCCUCACCAGUCUGUGUGUUCAAUCAUUGCAGUAAUGCACUAGAUUCUUUCCUGCCAGUCAAGGGUUGCCAGAUUUAGCCAAUAAGAAUACAAGAAUUAAAUGUGAACUUCAGAGAAGCCACAGAUAACUUUUAAGUAUAAAUGUAUCCCAUUAAACAACAAAAUUUACUGUAUGUCCCACAUAUUAUAUGGCGCAUAUUUAUACUUAAGCAAUUAUUUAUUGUUCACAUGUAACUGGACAUUCUGUGUUUCACAUAGCAGCCUUGUCAGUCAGUCCCCUACAAAGUUGCCAAAGCUUCCUGAAAGCCAGACGUGCCUGCCUAGCCGUGGACAAUAAUACUGUGACCUCUGCCAAGGUCCUCAUCACAUAUGGACCAAGCAUCUGGAGGGAGAACUCAUCGUAGUGAGUGGGACUGAAGGCACAGGAUUUGCUGGGAUGUGGUAUCCUCUGCAGUCAAGGCAAGGACAGCAGCUUCUGACUGGUGGGACUCAAAGGGGUUCAGAUCUUUACUGAACUUCCUAAUCUAACAGGAAACAGCUACACACGUGAGAUCCUUGAAAUAGCCUCAGGUUUGCAUUUCUAAUAAAUACCUAUAAUUCCACAGAAAAAUAUUGCAUUGAGAUGCCAAACGGAGUGUUGUUAGAAAGUCACCAGGCUGGAAAGCAGACCUGGGGACAGUAUCUGGCACCCAAGAGGCAGGCCAGUUUAUAAGACCCUUAGUUAACGUUUACAACAUUCAUGGAUGAAAAUUAAAUCCUGAAGUUUAUAGGUAUCAGUUUCUAGUAAAGUUGUUUUUUUUUGAAACCUGCUAGCUACACUUAUAUUAUGUGGGAUUAAAGGGAAUGGUCACUGAGAAUAAGACAACUCAGUAUUUAUAAUAUUUUAUGGUAUACUUAUAAUGUUUAUAAUCUCAAUAAACCUCCAUGUACUGUUAUCAAUUUAACCUAAAUAUUUUGACCAUUCUUGUGGGAUAAAGAUUUGUAAGAAAAGUGCUGUAGAAUUCAUAUAGAUAAACAUUUCCACAGCUGCUACUGCCCUUAUGCCAGUAUUAAAAUGUGUUCUACUCUGUAUGUUUUUCUAAUUUUUAUGAGAGAUUUUAUUUUGUAACCAUUUGCGUACCCUGUAAAUGCUGUGGCUUCGUUAAACUCUUGUGCCUCAUCCCCCCAAUGAUUAUUUUUGGUCUGAAUGACAGCCAGAGAAUGUAAGCAGCCAAGGUGCAUCUGAUUCUGUUUUUAAAUAAAGAUUAAGAAAACUUGA